UGGCACAAGUGAUUUUUAAAGGAAGAAAAGAAAAGGAAGGAAAGCUUGAAGAUUUCUGCUUCUCUCUCUCCUCUCAAAAGCUGCAGGCAGGGUUGCAACGCGUGAGAGAAUCAUAUUCAUUACCCAUGGUCCUGUCAGGGACCUGGAUCUCCAUGCCUGCCUUCCAUUUUUUUAACCUCCAGCUGAGCUUCCUCUUUUGAAAAGAGAAAAAAAAGGGCAAAAAUUAAAGAACCAAAGACAGUUCAAGAGCACCAAAAAACCUUGUCAAACCUGCAAACCAAAAGAGAAAAGAACUAUUUCUCCAAACCUCCAGAUCUGUCUGUCUCUCUGUCCCCAGAUUUAUUUUAUUUUUCUUUUUCUUUACAAUGAGAGACAUAGUUUCUUGUUUCAGCGAAAACGCAGUAAGCGUGUCUCUUCCUUCAUGUUCUAGCUACUCAAACACAGCCAGCACCAAUCCAAGCCUAACCCCAUCGGUGCAAAACUCUGUCACCUGUGUUUACAAAAUCUCCCUCUCCACCCAAAAGCAAAUCUUGAUCACAGUCACUUGGUGCGGGAACCAUUCUUCUCAGGGCUUAAGUAUAAGCUUUGGCGAUGACCCUUCAAGUACCCCACCCUUCAGACUCAACACGAAUUCACGGUUAUUCAGGAAGAAGAAAGGGAGCAAAUUAAUGGAAUCCGAUAAUUCAAGCAUCGAGGUUUUCUGGGAUCUCUCCAAUGCCAAGUAUAGCGCAGGACCUGAACCUGUUGAUGGCUUCUAUGUGCUGGUCAUGGUUGAUUCAGAAAUCGGCCUUAUUCUCGGAGACAUGGCGGAAGAAGCUGUCGCUAAGAAAUUCAAGACGAGUUCCGUUGCAAAAGUCUCUCUCAUUUCCCGGAGGGAGCAUUGCUCCGGCAAUACUCUUUAUUCAACCAAGGCUCAGUUUUGCGAUACCGGCAUUGCACACGAGAUUUUGAUCAGAUGCAGCGGAGAAAGUGAAGGGCCAAAGUCGCCUGUUUUAUCGGUAUGUAUCGACAAGAAGACGGUGAUUCGAGUAAGGAGGCUUCAAUGGAAUUUCAGAGGAAACCAGACGAUUUUUGUGGACAAUUUGCCGGUUGAUCUGAUGUGGGAUGUGCAUGAUUGGUUCUUCAGACCUGCAUCAGGAAGUAGUAGUACUGGAUAUGCAGUGUUCAUGUUCAGGACGAGAAGUGGUUUGGAUAGCAGGCUGUGGUUGGAGGAGAAGUUGGUGCAGAAAGAACAAGACAAGGUUGAAUUCUCCUUGUUGAUCUAUGCUUGUAAGAGCCAAUAAAUUAAGAAAUUUACUUGCUUUUGUUCA